AUGCCAUGUUCACGGCGGAAAACCAUUCGUUCACGGUGGAAAACCAGGACGAUCGUCAUUCCAUGUUCACGGUGGAAAACCAUUCUCAUAGCCAGGACGAUCGUCAUGCCAUUUUCUCGGCGGAAAACCAUCCUCAUAGCCAGGACGAUCGUCAUGCCAUGUUCACGGUGGAAAACCAUCCUCCACGAUCGUCAUGCCAUGUUCACGGCGGAAAACCAUCCUCAUAGCCAGGACGAUCGUCAUGCCAUGUUCACGGCGGAAAACCAUCUGUCGCCAUGUUCACGGCGGAAAACCAUCCUCAUCGCCAGGACGAUCGUCAUGCCAUGCUCACCGUGGAAAACCAUCCUCAUAGGCAGAACGAUCAUCAUGCCAGGACGUUCACGUUGGAAAACCAUCCUCAUAGCCAGGACGAUCGUCAUGCCAUGUUCACGGUGGAAAACCAUCAUCGCCAGGACGAGUCAGAACGAUCCGCGCCAUGUUCACGGUGGAAAACCAAAGCCAGGACGAUCGUCAUGCCAUGUUCACGGUGGAAAACCAUUCUCAUAG